AUGCCCGGAGCCAGGCACGCGGGGCUGCUGGUGGCAGCAGCCUCCCUCCUGGCGGUGCUGGCGGCCGCCCCCGUCGCCGCGUCCGACUUGGAUGUCGAGGCCGCCAUCGUUGGUGGCUACAAGGCGCCCAAGGACCGCUACAAGUGGUAUGCCACCUCGAUUGUGAGGCAAUACAAGGUGCAGGAAGGGUUCAUUGAAGACGAGUACAUUGCCCUCAACAAGUCCAUGCUCAACUGUGGCCUCACUCUCAUCCACCCGCAAGUCCUGCUCUCGGCAGCCCACUGCCUGCUUUCGGAGGGAAGGUGGCUGGAUGAGUGGAACCCAGAGCUCAUCAGUCACACCUUCCCCAAGGCGAGCAGGGCGGUACGCAUCAACGCCUACCGCAUUUCGUUGGAGGACAAGGGCACCGCCACCCGCAACGUCGUCGCCACCAUCGUGCACCGCAAGUAUGAUGAGUACAACGGUCUGAUGAACGACCUGUCCCUCAUGCUCCUCGACCGCCCCGUGCGCGGCCCCGUCAUGAAGCUGCCCCGCCAGCUGGCCACUGGCGCCCCCAAGGAGGCUGCCGGGGGCACAGACCUGCGCCUGAUUGGGUUUGGCGUGACCGGGUUUAAGCCGUUCCUGAACUACCACGAUCCGUUUGGUGAUGGCGAGCAGCCGGUGCUUGGCUUCAAAAACGUCUUCGCUUCAGUGCUCCAGGAGGUGCCGCUGCGCCUCAAUCCACCGAAAGUGUGCUGGGCCAAGUACAGCGAUAAGGCGCCUCCCUACUGGGGCCCCAAGAACGACACCUUCAUCACCAACAUCUGUGCAGGCGUGCCCUGGCGCAAGACCACCAGCUGCUACGGCGACUCGGGCGGUCCUCUCUUCAUCAAGGGCAAGACUGCCCGUGACGAUGUGCAGGUUGGCAUCGUGUCAUACGCCAGAGAGUGUGGCACCACGACCCCAAGCGUGUUUGUCAACGUGGCUCAUUAUCGCAACUGGAUCAACACCGGCGUCAAGAUCCUGCUGGGCCAGGCGCCCAAGAACCCCAAGCUCUACCGCCUGCGGCGCAAGAAGUAGUGAUGCGCCGCUCCUCAUGUCAGCGCAGAGGGAGACAAGCGGUCGCCCUUUUUCACAGUACUAUCAGAACUUUAUCAGUACUUAAUCAGAAAAUUCUCAUCAAUACUUAGUACUCUCUCACAAUACUUUCUCACUUUCUUGCCAGUAGCAGUUCUCUCUGGUGCAGCUGCGGCUGGUGCCUGUCUGCGCGACCUCUUGACGUGCCUGGCCGGCUGUGGUGAUAUCGCAGAAAGCCCUGGUUUGGGGUUAGCGACAAUAUUGUGCAAGCUUAAACG